GAGCACCAACACGCGCUGCGCGCUGCCGUCCUCUGCGCGCACACAUAUGAGGGAGCGUGCCUUGGGGCGGGCGGAUCUGAUCGGAGGGAAUCUCAGUCGCUGGAAGUCAUCGCCGCGAAGCUCCAGGCAUGGCUGCCAUCCGAAAGAAGCUGGUGAUUGUGGGAGAUGGUGCCUGCGGGAAGACCUGUCUGCUCAUUGUGUUUAGCAAAGAUCAGUUUCCCGAGGUCUAUGUACCCACUGUAUUUGAGAACUACGUGGCUGACAUCGAGGUGGAUGGAAAACAGGUAGAGCUUGCACUUUGGGACACAGCAGGUCAGGAGGACUAUGACAGGCUCCGCCCCCUCUCCUAUCCAGACACUGAUGUCAUCCUCAUGUGCUUCUCCAUUGACAGCCCUGAUAGCUUGGAAAAUAUCCCAGAGAAAUGGACCCCAGAAGUUAAGCAUUUCUGCCCCAAUGUGCCCAUAAUCCUUGUUGGCAAUAAGAAAGACUUGCGCAAUGAUGAGCACACACGCCGGGAGCUGUUAAAGAUGAAGCAGGAGCCUGUGAAGCCAGAUGAUGGGCGUGACAUGGCGAACCGAAUUGGCGCAUUUGGAUACAUGGAGUGCUCUGCAAAGACACAAGAUGGGGUCAGGGAGGUGUUUGAAAUGGCCACCAGGGCAGCACUGCAAGCGAGGAGAGGGAAGAAGCCCAGCAAGUGCCUGUUACUGUAAACUUUACUAGAGGACUCUGGGAGACAGUGGGUGGGCUCUGUCAGCUGACAGUGACCUGAUAAUCUGCUCCAUUGGUUUCCCUACGUGCAUAUACUCCUAUCGAGGAUAUUCACUUUAGAACUGUAUUCUUUUAUGUUUUUAUUAUGGUCGAGGUAAACCUUCCAGUGUUUAAAGGGGAAACGGAAAUAAAAUGCAAAUUUUCACUCAAGUGCCACUCCACACCUGUCCGCUUGUAGCCUUGGAGGGUCGUUGACAGUGACAGGUUCAAGUGCCAAUUGGGUGCCCAGCCUUCUGGCCACUGCCCCUUCUGGUGCUGCUUGAUGCGGCUGUGAUUUGGGUAACCCGGCUGCUUCACCUAUAAUAUGUGUACAGAAAUAAAAAAAAAAAAAAAAUUGAGUAAGGGUUGCUAAACAAAUGGUGUUAAAAAGAUAUGUGUGUAUAUAUAUAUAUGGCAUGUUUCUGUUCAUAUGCCUGUCAUAAGGACUUGACUGGAAUCUAGUUUUUUUAUUAUUAAAUCUACAUUUGCUUGGUGUAAUAAAUGUUUGUGUGUGUUGACUUUGAAA